AUGGCGGCGGCUCUGUCCGCUCUCGCUGCCAGGCUCUCCCAGUCGGCCGCGGCCAGGUCCUACGGUGUGUUCUGCAAGGGGCUCACUAGGACCCUCCUCAUCUUCUUCGACCUGGCCUGGAAGCUCCGCAUCAACUUCCCCUACCUCUACAUCGUCGCCUCCAUGAUGCUCAACGUGCGGCUGCAGGUCCAUAUUGAGAUCCAUUGACUUGUGACUGGCUGUGCUGCUUCUGCUGUAUGCUGCAACUAGAGUCAGUCACACUUCAAAUCCAGCCUGUUGUGAAGCAGCAAAGCUGUGCUCGUGUGCUCUAGGACUAUGAAGAAAGAAGAUUUUACCCAGAAACGAGUAUGUGACAAUGGCCCAGAUCAUAACAAUCCAGCAGCUCAUCUGACACACGUGCAUUCCAUGUUAGACAGUUCUCAAAAUCAUAAUAGCAGUUUACAAGAAUUAUAUAACACCAGGAAUUGUUCUCUCUUUAAUACUAUACCUCCGUCUUCUUCUGUUGGCAAGGAAAUGCCUUUGAGUUUCAGUGAAUCAGCAGGGACGAACUCAAGUGCAGCUGCUCCUUGGAAGGAUUCAUUUCAUCCAUAUUUUUCUUCUGGGAAAGACAGUCUCGAUAGGGCUUCUCACUGCAUUGGUGGCAUUUCAGUAACAGGAUGGCUGGAAGAAGCUUGUAGCAUUUCUGGAGACUUCAGCUCGUGCUGCCCAGGAGACAACAACUUUGUAUGUUUUGCACAAUUCUGGCUGGGAAAUUUGCGGUAUAAUAAAAACCUGUGGCUUCCGGGAUUAGAAAUGAGCAGUAGUAAAGAGAAUGAAUUGCAGUUUGUAUUUUUUAAAGCAUUGGAGCUUGGUGGACUCCCUGAUCCCUGUUCUAAUCCAGUUGCCUCUCUGAACAGCUCUGCUAUGGGACUCUCAAACAACCAGAAACCAUGGUUUUUUCUUUGUUGCUUAAACCUUGUAUCUUCAGAGCAAACACCUGGAUAUGAGCAAAUGCUUUUGAAUAUACAAUAUGUGACUAAUAAUUUUCACAUCACACAGCUAGUAAUCUCUGUGCUAGCUUUUGCACUAGCAGAUCUCUGGUAUGCAGUGAAGGUAAAAAAAGUGCUCAGAUUUUAAUAACUACUAUUUUUAAUAUUAGCAGAAAAUAAGAGAGACAAGGUUACAGUUGAGGUUUUAGUGAGCAUUAGAUAGCUGAAGUAAAAACAGUAGUUAUAUAAUUGCUAGUUAAACUGGCUGUUGGAAGAAUAGGGACUUUUGUUUUUGGUAAGGAAUAGCUGCAUCUGACUGUAAAGAACUUAAUAAUCUUCAGACUCUGGGACUUCUGCAGGUCUGCUGUUAACACUAAACUACAACCCAAUUUGAUUAGCACAGAUCCUUUGUUUUCUAUAGAAUUUGUAUUAGUGGAGUGUUCUGGCUACUACUAUUUAUACUCAUUUCCAAUGAAACUUGUUUCUUGUAGAAUUGAAUUCCUGCUCUGAAUCCAACAGCAACUAAUGUAUCAGUCCUUAGAACACUUUGAACUGGAAAGCUGUUGGGAGGUGAUCUUCAACACAGGAUCAUUCUCAGCAGCAUUCUUUUCCAAGGAUGGUACUGCUUGAAUUUAACAAUACCUUGUGAGCUUUAUUGUGCUACAAUAGACACUGUAAACAACUUUCUAAACCAGUUUUUUUUUUUCCUUUGAAAAUUGCUGAAAUACAGUAAUAACUUCUGGGCCUAUUGACUUUGGCUUUGGGACAGGCUUCUGACAAUGAAGUUUGUCAAAGAAUGGGGCAAGAAUGCUGAAAUCCCUAGAGCUGCUGGUGAAUAGAAUUUUGAGGAAUAGGCUCCUGUUGACACUUCAGUGGAAGAACUCAUUGUGUAGUAGGUCAAACUUUGAACUCAAUGUCUAAAAUUCUCAGAAGGGGCAUUGUUGCAGGUCAGCUUAAUAUGCUAUAACGGCUCACAUAAAGAAACAGGUAUUGGUGUGUGGGUUAGGAUGCAUUUUCAGCUUCCCCUUGACUCUGACUUAAAAGUGAGGACUUAAUGUGGAGUAAAGCCAUGGCAGUGAUUCACACACUAGGUGGUAUCCUUUUUGCCAGCUGGUCUUGCUUUAUCUUGGAAAGAGGAAAUUAUGUUGUAUUUAGUUUGAACUGAGCUUACCUGGAAAGCCAGUAGAGUUUCCAGUGUGGUGGUUAUUGGACUGUUAACACACGAGUAGAGAAGUCCUUGAUUAUGAAGAUAAGAUGCUGGUUAUCAGUCUUAGGGAGAGAAGUGUUGAAAUUUUUAAUCUUGCGUGCUGAGAAUAAGAUAUAUUAGUUUUUAAAUGAUAUGUUGUGUUUUCAUGAUCCCUAUUGGCUGAUUCUUUCUUUUGGAUGGUAAAAGAGAUGAAAAGCCACUUACUUUAAUUUAGAAAAUAACUUUUCCCUGGUGUGCAUUUAAAUGAUUAACUUUUAGACUUUUGACCAUGCAAUUACCUGUUACAAAGUAACCAAAAGCCCCAAAAUAAUACUGGAUUAUGUAUUUUAAGUAAUUACUGUGACAGCAACAGUUCCCUCUUAGUCAAGCUAUUCACUCUCAUCUCCACUGCUGGAACUUACCAGCCUUGUGUGAGUGGUAUUAACAUAAUUUAACAUGUGGUGUUGCAGAGGUUCAAGAUUCCUGAAGCGAUGUGGAUCUGACAUCCCAGAACACCAGAAACAAAGACACUUCUCCAAAUGUCUGUGGCUUGGAGUUACGGUGUUAAGCUGCUGUCUGCCUGUAUCUUGACCCAAAAAAACACUUGGCAGAGCUGAAAGCAGAGGAAUGAAGGCAGGGAGGGGUUGGAGCCUGUUGGAGAUUUGAUUGUUAAAGACAACGUUGUGCAACUUCAUCUUAAUCUCUCUAUGCAGCUCCAUAGGUACAGCCAUACCCUGUAUGGUGAGCCUUACCUUAAGAUGUGCAUGAACACAGUCCUGCACCCAAAACUUGAGUGCUUGGACCUCAUGUACAAAGGAUUAAUUGGCACAGCUGUACCUGCAGUUGUUACUUGAGACUUUGUUUGUGCAGCUGACUGAUUUGGCCUGGAACAUUCUCUGCUGUAUGUCAUUUGGGAACUACAUGUUUUGGGAACCAUAGUUCUAUACAAGAUUGUCAGGUUAAUAGGCAAGAGGAGUAACUAAAGGCAUAAAAACAUCAAUUCAUUUUUACUGCACCCUUUUUUCAUGGUGAUUUCAAAGAAGGGGGGAAAUGAAACAUGAGAGACACCACCAAUAAACUAGAACUGAAAUGUGUGUACAGCAGAGUGCCAAGGGUUUUCUAAUUGACAAGCCAAUGGAGGAGGAGAUCUUGAAAUACUGAAUUGUGUUACAUAUCACAGUCCAGCUAAUUCAGUCCUGUUUUAAGCAAAGUCUUGUUUGAGUGUGUGGCCUUUCAUCACUUAGUGCAGGAUCACUUUAAAUACAAUAUAUCUAAGUGAAAUGAUGGAUGUUUGUUGUGUAUUACAUGUAUAUUGAAUAUAAGAUACAAAGAAUACUUAAAUAAGUGGAUUUAAUCGAUUUUAAGAUAGUUUAUGUACCUUGCCUUGAAUUUUAUUGCUUGAAACUUAAAAGGGUAAUUUUAACUUGAACAUUCCUUCUGAAAUUCAAAUAAAGGAUAGUUUGGUAUGUUAAAAUCUCAUGUAAUAUACUGCACUUUAAGCCUGGGGAGGCCAUGGAUUGAAAGUGCUGUUCUUGCACUAACAGAACUGCCUGCCCUGACAGACAAUUUUUAAAUGGCUUUUCCUGUCUAGAGGGAGAAUAGGGAACCUGAAGGAUGGCAUCCAUCCUUUGAAAAUAUAGAUAAAUCUAACACUACAUGGUUUAGGUUGUUGUUCUCCUCUUACAGAUGUUUUGAUAUUAACUCAUCUCAAAAGCUGGAAGGUGUCUUGGCCAAGAGCCAGUUUGUGUGGAGUUCCAUGGCUUCACUAUGUCCAAUGUAGAAACUUUCCUGAGUUUAUGUGCUAUUAGGGCUGUCUAAGAUGAUUAUUGUAGUACAGAAAAAUAACAGUCUUAGUAGGGGUAAGGGACCUUUAUACUCAACCAGGAGUUGCCUUUGUAUUUCUGUAUUUUUGUCUUUCAUCCUUCUCUAGAAAGAAGUUACUUCUAAGCAAAAUGUCAGGGUUUUACUAAACAAUUUGUGCUAUCUAAAAUUGCAUUGAUUAGCGUCUGGAUCCUUCCUGCACUACAUAGCAAAGUUUUAUUUCUGCCAUUAGAAAAGAAAUAAGAAAAUGCUCAAUAUUUAGACAAUUUCCUAGUAGUUACACUUGAGUGAAAAUUUACUAUAUGGUGUACUGCUUUGAAAAGAAAAUAUACUUUUAAAUGUGUGUGCACAGAGCUCUGCAUGCAGAUGAAGUGUUUUACCACAGUAUGACGUUGGGAUGCUUAUUUACUUUCUGACAUUGCAGUGCUAAAUGCAGUAGAGAUGGUGGUGUUACUUCUCCGUGUGGUUUUAGCCAGUGCAAUCUUGGCAAUCGUGUCUGCAUCAUCCUGCACAGGGGACAGUUCUAGCUGUAGACAUUUUUUAGCCUUUUGCUUUUUCAGUGUUGGGUUUGGUUUUGCUGUUGUUUGAGGUUGGGUGGUUUGUUGUUUGUGGUUUAUUUCUCUCUUUUAAAAAAAUUCUUAUUAGGGCUAUAAAGACAGCACUUUCUUAAACUUGCCAAAGUUUGCUUCCUUUCUUCUUCUCUCCACCUUUGCCCCUUAUAGGUAUACACACUUAAUUUUUGGAAGAAGCAAGCCUGUAUGUACUCUUCUAAUAUCUAGUCUUAUUUUCAGGCUGCUCCUUUUGUUUUUAUGGUCAUGCACGUAUUUGUCUCCCUGUAAUUUCUCAGCAUAAGCAUAUGCUGAUAUUUUGUUCCACCUCAGAAACACUGUCCUGUAAUUAAUUAUACACACCAAAUUGACAGAAACCAUGUAGAGAUGUAAGAGUCCAUAGUCUCUCAUUAGGGUGUAUGACAGGUGGUUUAACUGACAGAGCAAUAUGUAGUCAAUGUGACAUAUUUCUGCUUUUUUCUUCUUCAAAACAGCUGCUUUAAUUAACAUCCAAUAUUUAAUUUGAUUAUGUGGUAUCUCUGACAGCUGAGAAUUGCAGCUGCAAUUUGGGGCUUACAAAAUACAUUAAGAUUAGAACUUAGAGUAACUUUUCAAAAAAAUUAAAGAGCGCAUUCACAUGAAUAUUUUAAAACCUUUUUCUCCCCCCUAAGAGUGCACAGAAUAAAAUGUGUUCUGCCACUUGUUUCUGUGAUGCACAGCCAGUAAUUAGGGGUGGGAGGAGAACCCUUUUUAGACUGCAGAGCCUCUAAUACUCAAGGAAGAGCUGCACUUGAUAGAACUUUAAAAUAAACCAAAUGUUGCCUAUUAAAAUACUGAUAUUUAUGAUCAACUUUCAUACUUAAAUUACAAGGUCAUAGAUAUCAAUCUCCUGACAGUGUGAAAAUGAGAAUAAUAAACACAGAAGUGCUAGAAUAAUGCUAUCCUUUACCAGCCUGCACUGGUAAAAGCAAAUCCUAUUGUAUUUUGAAAUUAAUCCUCUACUGCAUCCCAAAAUCUCAAUUAUCUAAUCUUUUUGGAAAUAGCGAUACAAGUUUCAGACUAAGAUGGAUAUUUCAUUAUUAAUGACGAAAUAAAUUUAAAAGCUAAAACAUCUUAGAAAAAGACCAGAGGGACUUUCUACAAAGAAAAUCUGCCUUGAAAAGGUCCAUUUUAUUUGUGUGAUCUCUAUAUAUGUAUAGUCUGUUUUGCAAAUUCCUUCUUUAUGGAAGAUUGCUAUAAACUUGAUAACAAAAGUGGUCAAAACCCAAACUUGCAAAAAGUAUCAGUGUUUAAUUUUAUGUUUGUAGUCAAUUUUAGCUAUUAUAAAACAUAAUUCCUAAAUGUAAUUUAAGAUUUUGUUCUUAAAAGUAGGGAAAUUGAAUAUUUAGUGCCUGAUUCAUCACUUGAAGUUGAGUGAAACCAUUUAUUGAAAAUGGGUUCUCCUGCCUGAUGGUGACUAAUUUUCAAUGCUGAUACUCAAUACUUCCUGUAAACUGUGAUGUCAUCUCUGCACACUUUUAGUCUAUGGCCUUGGUCUUUGGCCCUAUUUUUUUUAAAUUCUUGUUAUUUUUUUAUUGCAAUGUAGGAGGUGAAGAAGGCUGGCACAAACCAUUUAUUUUUUUUGUUCCAGAGAAAUAUGUUUACAACUUUGUAUGUAUUUUAAAAAUGUAUUGUGACACUUUUAACUUGGGAGAGAAGUUUUCCAUAGCAGACUUGAAAUCUGAACUUUGGAAUAUCGGGAGUGCUCCCCAGGCUGCCAGAAGCUGUUGACUGUGGAGCUGCUCACUCACACCACAGGAGGGAGUUCCACAUCAGUCUUUGGAGUGUUUUCAGUUAUGGCAUUGUUAGUACAUCUUAGUACAGUGCAUUUCAGUUUGCCUUGUCUUAUGGUUUGUCACUUGCAAGUAGGUUAAUGUACAAAAUCAAUACACAGCGGUAAUGUAUUGUAACUGUUUACAAUUGAACUCAGAGUACCAAUGGAUGGGUUUUGUCAAGCUAUUUAAAAAGAGAAAUAAAAAUCUUUUUUAAAAGACAA